UCGAUAUUUGAAGUCAAAUUAUAUUUGUCACUUCUCUUAUUGCUUUAAUUCUUAAUAAGCAUGGUAAAAUGAGGAAAAAAGAAAUUGUGUUUGAUCCAGAGAAAAGAAAGAACUUUUUGUCUGGAUUUCGAAAGCGCAAAAAUGAACGUCGGGCUCGUGCUAAGGAGGAACUUGAACAAAAUAUUAAAAAAGAGCGGAAAAGGAUCAGAAAUGAUCUCAAAAAUUGUAUGGCACACAUGAAGAAAACCUUUCAACCGCUUUCUUUAGAUCCCGAAUUGGAGCAGAAGUGCCUUGAAAAGGAUUACGAAGACGAUGAAGUGAAAAUAAAUGUCAUUGAAUUAGUAACAGGAAACCCUCAAAAGAAUCUGGACGAGGACAGUGAUAAAGAUUCUUGCGCAAGCGAAGCGUCUGAUAAGGAGUCAAAUAUUAAUUCCAUCCCAGGAAUGGAUUAUAAUAUUGGUGGAGCGGUAAAAAAGAAAGAAAUUAAAAACAAAUCAAGGCAGGAAGAUAAUUCAUUGUCAGAGCUUGGCAAAGUUGGAAAUACGAAAAUGUUAAAUAAAUUAAAGAAAAAGAAAGCUUUAAAAGAAUUUAAAAAAAGCAAAGUGUUCAAACAGAAAGAACGUAUUGAAAAGAAAAAACAACAAAAAAGCAGUAGACAUGGCAAAAAGUCAUUUAAUAGAGGAUUCAGUAGCAAAGGUUCGUCUGGGAAUAAAAGAAAGUCAAGUCAAUUCAAGCGAGGGCAUUCCACUAGUCGUGGAGAACGAAAAUAGUUUGUUUUGUUAUUUCGUAAAAUAAAACAAAAUAGAAAUAAUUUGUUUGGUAAAAUAAAUGUUUUUCAUAGCUUUUUUAGGGGUAAACCACCCUGAA